AGACCAGAGCCGAGGCUGAAGGAGAGGCUGCAGGUGGCCUUCUGCCCUCCCCCUCCCUCAUUCUCCCCCGCCUGCCUUAACAGCCCUCCUUAGCCAAAGCCCCUUCACGUUCCUCCUGGGCUCAGCCCCUUCCUCUCUCUGGGGCCCCAGGCGCCCCUCGGGGCCUGCGUCCCACCAUGUCGGUGGCUGUGGAGAUCUUCGGCUUCUUCAUGGCAGCCCUGGGGCUGCUGAUGCUGGGGGUGACCCUGCCGAACAGCUACUGGCGAGUGUCCACCGUCCACGGGAACGUCAUCACCACCAACACCAUCUUUGAGAACCUCUGGUAUAGCUGUGCCACCGACUCCCUGGGAGUCUACAACUGCUGGGAAUUCCCGUCCAUGCUGGCCCUCUCUGGGUACAUCCAGGCCUGCCGGGCGCUCAUGAUCACUGCCAUCCUCCUGGGCUUCCUUGGCCUCUUCCUAGGCAUGCUGGGGCUGCGCUGCACAAACAUUGGUGGCAUAGAGCUCUCCAGGAAGGCCAAGCUGGCGGCCACCGCAGGGGCCCUACACAUACUGGCUGGUGUCUGUGGGAUGGUGGCCAUCUCCUGGUACGCCUUCAACAUCACCCAGGACUUCUUCAACCCCUCCUAUCAAGGAACCAAGUACGAGCUGGGCCCCGCCCUCUACCUGGGCUGGAGCGCCUCCCUGCUCGCCAUCCUGGGCGGCGCCUGCCUCUGCGCCCACUGCUGCUGCGCCCCCAAAGAGGACCCCGCCGCCAGGGCCCGGCUUCCCUACAAGGCCUCCGCGCUGCGGUCCGCCAGCCUCUCCGCCCGCCUGUCCCCCGCGGCCGCGGAUGAAGACGACAGCAGCUUUGGCAAAUACGGCAAAAACGCUUACGUGUAGGAGGCCUGGCGUGUGGACCCCAUUCCCUUCCCACUGCCCGCAGCGGAGAGAGGUCUCCGGAGCCCCGGGCUGCAGGCGCGGGCCCACGCCCCUUGGCACAA